AUGUCUUUAACACCAAAUAUGAUUGAUACAGCUAUUGGUGCUAGUCCACCAUGGUCUGGUACUCGUGAUGUAGCUUGUUCUCCUAUUUGUUUUGGAAAAACAAUUGGAUCAACAUCAAAUGAAGGUUUUGAUUGUUCAUCAAUUGUUUCUCAUCAGGAAAAACAAAACAUACAAGAAAAUAUCUUAAAGAAUAAAAUCUCCAACAACGAGCAAUCAUCAUCUUUAUCAUUAUCGCCAAUUGAUUCAUCAAGUAGUAACACAACUCCUGUGUUAUCCUCUGUUUCAUCAACAAAACCGCUUUCAUUGAUGUCGAUAAAUCUGAAUGAUGCAUAUUGUUUGAGCUCAAAUAGAAGUUCUUGUUCAACAACAAACAAUAUGAACAAUAACCGUUGGUGGCCAGUUGAUUCUGUUAAUCGAUAUAGUUUCAAGGAUCGCCAACAUAGAGUACGAACUAGCCGUUACAAUCCAUUCGAUCAACGUCGAGCUUGUGAUACAAGAUCAGCAAUAAUGACGAGAAGUAAUACUACACAGAAAUUAACUUAUUCAACGUUUUAA